AUGCGGAGCCUCACUGAGGCUGACUGCAGAAUGCACGUGGUACCUGGACGAGAGCUUCCGGGGCUCCCGCUUGAAAGUAAUGAUGUUAUCUCUGCCUUGUUGCCCCACAGGUUGGGAAGCAGCACCUUCAAGAACAUGCAGCGCCGGCACACAACCUUGAGAGAGAAAGGCCGCCGCCAGGCCAUCCGGGGUCCCGCCUACAUGUUCAACGAGAAGGGCACCAGCCUGACACCUGAGGAGGAGCGCUUCUUGGACUCUGCCGAGUAUGGCAACAUCCCCGUGGUCAGGAAGAUGCUGGAGGAGUCCAAGACCCUCAACUUCAACUGCGUGGACUACAUGGGGCAGAACGCGCUGCAGCUGGCGGUAGGCAAUGAGCACCUGGAAGUCACGGAGUUACUGCUCAAGAAGGAGAACUUAGCGCGUGUGGGGGACGCGCUCCUGCUGGCCAUCAGCAAGGGCUACGUGCGCAUCGUGGAGGCCAUCUUGAACCACCCGGCCUUCGCGCAGGGCCAACGCCUGACGCUCAGCCCGCUGGAGCAGGAGCUGCGGGACGAUGACUUCUAUGCCUAUGACGAGGAUGGCACGCGCUUCUCCCACGACAUCACUCCCAUCAUCCUGGCGGCGCACUGCCAGGAGUAUGAGAUCGUGCACAUCCUCCUGCUCAAGGGCGCCCGCAUCGAGCGGCCCCACGAUUACUUUUGCAAGUGCACGGAGUGCACCGAGAAGCAGCGGAAAGACUCCUUCAGUCACUCACGCUCCCGUAUGAAUGCCUACAAGGGACUGGCAAGCGCAGCCUACUUGUCUCUGUCCAGUGAAGACCCUGUCCUCACCGCGCUGGAGCUAAGCAACGAGUUAGCCAGACUAGCCAACAUUGAGACUGAAUUCAAGAACGAUUACAGGAAGUUAUCUAUGCAAUGCAAGGAUUUUGUGGUGGGCGUGCUGGACCUGUGCCGAGACACAGAAGAGGUGGAAGCGAUUUUAAAUGGUGAUGUGAACUUCCAAGUCUGGUCCGACCACCACCGUCCGAGUCUGAGCAGGAUCAAACUCGCCAUUAAAUACGAAGUCAAGAAGUUCGUUGCUCAUCCUAACUGUCAGCAGCAAUUGCUUACCAUGUGGUAUGAAAAUCUCUCAGGCUUACGUCAACAGUCUAUGGCUGUGAAAUUCCUGGCUGUCUUUGGAGUCUCCAUAGGCCUCCCUUUUCUCGCCAUAGCCUAUUGGAUUGCUCCGUGCAGCAAGCUAGGACGAACCCUGAGGAGCCCUUUCAUGAAGUUUGUAGCCCAUGCAGUUUCUUUUACUAUCUUCUUGGGAUUGUUAGUUGUGAAUGCUUCAGACCGUUUUGAAGGCGUUAAAAUGCUGCCAAAUGAAACCUUCACAGACUACCCGAAACAAAUCUUCAGAGUAAAAACCACACAGUUUUCCUGGACGGAAAUGCUAAUCAUGAAGUGGGUCUUAGGAAUGAUUUGGUCCGAAUGCAAGGAAAUCUGGGAGGAGGGGCCACGGGAGUACGUACUGCACCUGUGGAACCUGCUGGACUUCGGGAUGCUGUCCAUCUUCGUGGCCUCCUUCACCGCCAGGCUCAUGGCCUUCCUAAAGGCCAGCGAAGCACAGCUGUACGUGGACCAGCACGUGCAAGACGGCACGCUGCACAACGUCUCGCUUCCGCCGGAAGUGGCGUACUUCACCUACGCCAGGGACAAAUGGUGGCCUUCGGACCCUCAGAUCAUAUCAGAAGGGCUGUAUGCGAUAGCUGUCGUGCUGAGCUUCUCUCGCAUUGCGUACAUCCUGCCAGCCAAUGAGAGUUUCGGGCCCCUGCAGAUCUCCUUAGGGAGAACCGUGAAAGAUAUCUUCAAGUUCAUGGUCAUUUUCAUCAUGGUAUUUGUGGCCUUCAUGAUCGGGAUGUUCAACCUGUACUCCUACUACCGAGGCGCAAAGUACAACCCAGCGUUUACAACGGUUGAAGAAAGUUUUAAAACCUUAUUUUGGUCCAUAUUUGGCUUGUCUGAAGUGAUCUCGGUGGUGCUGAAAUACGACCACAAAUUCAUCGAGAACAUCGGCUACGUUCUCUAUGGCGUUUAUAACGUCACCAUGGUGGUAGUGCUGCUCAAUAUGCUAAUAGCCAUGAUCAACAACUCGUAUCAGGAAAUUGAGGAGGACGCGGACGUGGAGUGGAAAUUUGCCCGAGCCAAGCUCUGGCUAUCUUACUUUGACGAAGGAAGAACUCUACCUGCUCCUUUUAAUCUAGUGCCAAGUCCUAAAUCAUUUUAUUAUCUCAUAAUGAGAAUCAAGAUGUGCCUCAUAAAACUUUGCAAAUCUAAGGCCAAAAGCUGUGAAAAUGACCUUGAAAUGGGCAUGCUGAAUUCCAAAUUCAGGAAGACUCGUUACCAGUCUGGCAUGAGGAAUUCUGAAAACCUGACAGCAAAUGACACUUUCAGCAAGCCCGCCAGAUACCAGAAAAUCAUGAAACGGCUCAUAAAAAGAUAUGUCCUGAAGGCCCAGGUGGAUAGAGAAAAUGAUGAAGUCAAUGAAGGUGAAUUGAAAGAAAUCAAGCAAGACAUCUCCAGCCUACGCUAUGAGCUUCUUGAAGAGAAAUCUCAAGCUACUGGUGAGCUGGCAGACCUGAUCCAACAGCUCAGUGAGAAGUUUGGAAAGAACUUAAACAAAGACAACCUGAGGGUGAACAAGGGCAAAGACAUUUAG